AUGAACCCCAAAGCCUCAAAACAAGCAUGCGAUAAUUGUCGCCGGCGCAAGAUCAAAUGCUCCCGCGAACUUCCAUGCGAUAAAUGCCAACGUCUGCUCCUCUCAUGUUCCUACAGCGACGUCCUCCGCCGCAAAGGGCCCAAAUUCCGCACUCUAUACCCCCUGGCCCCGAUACAUCCAUCUCGAGCUCAUUCUCAUUCUGAGAAAGACCAAGACCAAGACCCCGAUACAGAAUUCAACUCGCCUAUAUCGCCGUUCGGAUUGCAAGAUGCCCGGUUCCACUUCGCGGAUACUUUCGCCCACCUCGCACCGCCAGAUCUCGUCUCAUCGCCCGGAACAGACUCUACCGUUGAAUCUGCAAAUGGGUAUGCGCAUGUCCCCCGACGGCUUUCGCCACAGAUUCUUCUCGCCCACGUCAAUGUUUAUCUCAAGUACUUGUUUCCCAUCAUGCCCGUUGUGCGCGGUGAUCAACUACGCUUAGAUUGUGAUCAGCCCGAACGGCUUUCUGCGAGGAGAUAUGCGUUCCUGGCUGCGCUAUGUGCAGCGACGCAUAUCCAGUUGAAGUUGGAUGGUGCUGCGCCUGUGUCGGACCCGGCACUGCGCAUGGGUGAUGGACAGUCGCUGAUGUCGGGUGAUGAACUUUUGGCGGAGGCUGUGAGGGCGCGUGGCGACUGUGAUAUUCUGGAAGACCUGGGGACGGAGAGUCUUUUGACUUCUUUCUUUCUGUUUGCUUCGUACGGAAAUAUGGACAAGCAGGAUCAUGCGUGGUUUUUCCUGUGCCAGGCCACUUCGUUUGCGUUUAGCCUUGGGCUGCACCGCGAAUCGACGUAUGCGGAUUAUGAGAUCGAGGAGGCGGAGGAGAGGCGCAGAGUGUUCUGGCUUUUGUUCAUCACAGAAAGAGGAUACGCUCUUCAGCAGGCGAAACCGGUCAUGUUGCGCAGCUCGAUUCACAAGCCACAAGUUCUCUGCUCCGGAGAUCCAAUUCUCGCAUAUGGUUUCAUCAACCUGAUCAACAUCUUUGAGAAACUCACACCGAAUCUCUAUGACUGGGUGUCCGCUGGUGGCGGUGACAGCAUUUUGGAAAGGCCACCAACCUCAGCCAUCCAGUCAAGCCUGUGUAAAACAAUAUCCCUAGAUGGGGUGCUUGAGAUCCAGCAAGUGGAUAUCUUGAUCACACAACAGUGGCUACAGGCAAUGAUGUGGAAGUUGUCCAUGAGCCAUGCUACACAACCUGGCUCGCGCGACGAUGCCGUGUUACCUUUCCAUCUGCCAGUAAUGGUAGGCAAAGCUGUCAUGAGCGUGAUCGGAGCUGCAUCACAGGGUGCAGUCGAUGCACACGGUAUUGGAAUGGAACAGAAGCUGUUCGACAUGGGAGUCUCGGUCGCUGACGUGACGCGGUCUCUUGGAACCAAAGCGGUGCAUCGCCUAGCCGAGUCAACAAUUGAUCCGAGUGAGCUGUUGUGGGGUAUCCUCCACACGCUAUCUCAGAUUCGUGGAUCGCCUUCGUAUCUGUUCCCGACGUUAUUGGAGCGUUGUAAGAACGUGCUUGGCUUGGACUGCAGCAUCACCACUGGGAACUUCCUCCCUAUGCUGGGAACUGCAGCACCAGACCAGUUGGCCCCCUGGUCUCGUCAGAAUAUCUGGGACAAUUCAGGUGGCAUAGAGAACAUCGAGGUUCAUGAUGGCGCUGAGCAGACUGAGGCUGGUCCUCAUCCGCUACCACAAGAACUGGGUUUCCAGAAUUGUCUCUUGGGGUGA